CCUGGGCAACACUCCGACGUGGGAAAGUCAGUCGUGGAGCUUACAUAUAUACGCAAGAAAAACGAGGAUGGAGGCCGUGCUACCGGCGGUAGCACUAAAGCCGUUCGCGCGAAUUCUGCAGUGUCUAGCAAAGAUUGGAGAGGAUCUAUAUAUCCAACCUCGUCCCAACAAACUGCUACUCGCCACUGUGAACGCUUCGCGCUCAGCUUGUGCCCAUUAUGCGCUGCGAAUGGGUUUCUUCGAACGCUACUCGGUUGGCAGUCAAGCGGGUGCUUCCGGAAGCACAGGUGUCGCCGCCAGCUCCUGUCAUGUGCUCCUCAAGCCUCUUUUGAACAUCUUUCGGGCGAAAAACACUGUCGACAACGUAGAGAGCUGCCGAAUCAGACUGCAAUGCAAUGGGAACGAAGACCGUCUGGUCAUUCAGUUGCAGUGCAAAUAUGGCGUUUUGAAAACACACAAGCUCCACUUCGAGCUGUGCGACCCAUUAGCCGCGGUGUAUAGCAAGAAUGCCGCGAGACACAAGUGGACAAUAAGCAGCAAAAUCACCCACGACUGGUUGAACCAUUUUCAUAGCCGGCUCGAAGAAAUCGCGAUGCGGUGUGGAGCUGAUUGGAUAGCCUUACGAAGUUUCACCGAGGCGGUAGCAGCGGACGAGGACGAUCAUCUAGCGAAUCGAACACUGCAAACGGAACUGCAGAUAGACAUCGAAGACUUUGAUAAAUACGAAGUGGCCAAUGAUACAUCCGUCAUAUUUGAUCUCAAGAACUUCAAGGCCAUUCUUACCUUUGCUGAUGCCAUGGGACAACCAGUUUCGGCCUUUUUCGACCAGGCCGGUAGCCCUGUCAUUUUCACAGUAACACAAGCGCCCGACCUGUAUGUAUUUGACCUUGUCAUAGCCACAACCAUCCCCUUCGACGAAGACGCGGAGGAGGAGGAUGCGAGGGCACGGCAGAGUCAGCAAAAUCAAACCACACCAGUACACGAGGGAACCCAAGCGGCUCAGGGAGGACCACGAACAGCAGCCGCUACGCCGCGUUCGUCUGCCCCCCUCUCUCAUGCGGAAGCGCGUAAGCAAAACACUAUUGGAGAUGUGGAGCCAGUUCAACGUCAGCGAAUCCCGAUACUACGAAGAGAUCAAGAGGAUGAUGACAGUCGACAAGAUCGGUUCGAUCAAACCUCUAAUCCAGCGCUGGAUACUGGACCGGGGGCGGAUGACGACGACGACGAGGAACUUCCGCCAUCGCCUCCCCGCAAAGGUCCAGCAAUGCUGGAACUGAUGGCGGAAUUACGGAACAGCCGUCGAAGAGAAGCAGAGCUACGCCAGAUGGCAAUCGCUUCCCCACCUGGCACAACCACCACGCACGUCUCAAAUAGCUUUCCAGAUGACGGACAAAGGCCCGCACCUGGUGCUUUUCAAAAACCUGCGGGGCUUCCGUCAUUGGCAGCCCAGCAGAACCGUGGUCGUCGCUCGAGAGAGCUUGGCAACCUCCCUCUGGACGAUGACGACAACGAAAUUUUAGAACCAACCCCUCCUGUGAAGAAGGCGAGAUCUUUCUUUAAGCGCUGAUUACGCACAAUAAAGUGACCGAAAGCAGGGCACGCCAUCCGAUGGCUGCCAGCUUUAUGUACAGGUUCCCGGCCGAUGCCAAAUAUAUCCCUUCCCUAGCGCUCUUAUACAAGGAUGUAGAUAGCUCGUUUAGCCUACCGAUGCGUAAGAUGUGACUAGUCGUAUAUAUUCGGAGCUUUGA